CACCGCCGACCGCCGCUUCCCAGCAACCACUCCGAGAAAUGCCAUUGGUGGUAGGAGACAGUGAAGUCUUCGAGGAUGUGUACGAGCAAACCAAGUCUGCGCUGGGCUGGUUAUCCACAAAAGCCCACAUGUUACCAACAUUGUGGUGCCUUCGUGCUUUGCGGACAAGAUGGAUACUGGAACAUUCUAUGUUUCCUUCUUUGAUGGGACUACAGGAUGUACCUGGAGAAACGACGACGGUAGGCUCAGUCGUGGGGACUUGCACAUACUUUUUGUCACUGUCACGAGUGGCGAAUGGACAGAAUCAACGCCGGGCAAACUUGGAGAAGCAGAGGGUGAGAUCGUGCUUACCAUAGUGCCUAAGGUGGUGAAGAAAUCCCACAUGCAUAGGACUUUUGUUAGCCAGAUAAUUUCACAGCGUAGCACGUGUAUGAAUGAAUAUCUGAAGAUGGUAAACACGAAUCUUUUUUCAUUCACGCUGCCUCUGAGGAUUCAUGAUGUUCUUGGUUCAUCUGUCUUCAACAUGGAAGGAAAAUGGGCCGGGUAUGUCACUCAUCAUCCUACUACCUCUGCUGGCAUGCGGUUUGGAAUGAGAGGAGAUGACUUCCAGCACACUCUGCCCAAAUGGAUGGGAGAGAAGCAGUGGGAGGAUAUUAUCCAGCCUUAUGUAGAGCACGAACUUUACCUAGAAUCUAUAUUUGACUGGCAAUAGGAUGCUGACAGAAGGCCAUGGACAUAAUUUUGGGCACUUGCUUUUGGAUUUCACACGGGCAGAAGGAUGCUGGUUCUGUUUCAUUUCACUAAUCAGCAGACAGUUGCUCUUCACCCUGAUUUUGUACAGGAGUAUAGCAGUCAUUACAGGCUUGAAAUUUACUGUGCAACGUUUACCUUUUUGAGAGCUGGUGCACGGUAACUUGGAUUGUUGAUGUGGUCAGAGUUGUUCACAUCCAAGUGAAAUAUUUGGCUUAGAAGAGAUUACCCCAUUAAGGUGUAGCUAAUUGCAGAACUUUUGUCCGAUUUAGUCGGCUCAGUUUUGUUUUCUUAGACAAAUGCGGUUGGCAUAUCUUCAAAACUGAAUUUCUCCUAAAAAGAAUAAAUCAGGCCGAUAAACAGAGAAA